AUGGACUUUUCCCCGCAGAGCGUCGCCUUCGUGACUGGCGCCGGCGGCACCGUCGGCCGCUACACGGUCCUCCAGUUCGCGCGCGACGGCGUCCGCAACAUCGCGGGCCUGGACCUAUCCGAAGAAGGCCUCCAAGAAACCCAGAAAAUCCUCGCCGAGGAGUGCCCAGAGGCCGUGUUCCUCCCCUCGCUGGACCACGCGGUCAACAAUGCUGGCGUGGGUCAGACGCUCAAGCCCACGUCGGAACUGGAGUUUGGGGAGUUUGACAAGGUGAUCGGGGUCAAUCUCAAGGGUGUUUGGGUGUGCGAGAAGCUGGAGCUAGCCAUAAUGGAGAAGCAGGAGCCUCUUCCCUUGACGUCGAAGGCCUCCGGUCGCAUUGCUUCUCGGGGCACCAUCGUCAACGUCAGCUCCGUUCUAGGACUUCUCGCGAUGCCGACCCUCGGUGUAUAUACCAUGUCUAAACACGGUGUCGUCGGAUUGACGAGGUCAGAUGCCAUUGACUACUCGAAAAAGGGAAUCCGCGUCAACGCAGUAUCCCCGGGAUUCAUCGACACACCGUUGCUCAAGGAAUCAAGUCGCAAAGCACUUGCUCCGUCAAUUUCCAAGACACCUUUGGGUCGCCUAGCAAACCCUCAAGAAAUCGCAGAUUCCAUCAUCUACCUUUCAAGCCCGAGAUCGAGCUACGUCACAGGCACCGUACUAGCUCGAAACCGUGGAUCCUCCUCGGAUCGUCUCAACUCGACCGCGGCGCCUGUUACUGCAAAGGUUGAGUCUCUCAUUUUCUAUGUCAGCAUACAACUCCAGUCUACUCUAGCUUGA